UCUCCAUCUCUGUGCUGGGAAAGGAGGGAGCGAAGAAGAGAGCAGGAGGAGGAGGGCUACAGCAGCAAGAGGGAGGGGUGUGAGGUGUGAGUGAGCCAAGGGGGGAGGGCAUCCUUCAUCCAUCCAUCCUGCCAGCCCUUUUGCCCAGCCCACCCCCUUUCUGCCAGCUGGACCCAGCCCGAAGCCCAGGAGAGUUUCUACAGUUUGCUCCAUUCCAAGUCAAGCGGGGAGAAGGCUUGGCAGCUCUCUCGACAUUCAUCACACGCUUCCUCUCCAUCUCCUUAAUCCAGGUGGAUCUACCCGUGAUGUCGGACGACGCUGAGAAGAGUGAGGCUCCUCCUGGAACGGCCAAGGAGCCGGAAGAGCCAGGGAAGGAGCCGGAGCAAGACAAGGCUAAGGAGAUGGAGCCGGAGCCCAAACCAGAACCAGAACCAGAGCUGGCGAAACAGCAGGAUGAGCCACAGCCCCAACCUCAGAGCCCCAAGGCCCCAGAGAUCCCUGCAUCUCCUGUGAUGGUGACGGUGACCAUCGAGGAAGAGACGGUUGAGGGUCCGCAGGAGAAUGGAGAUCCUCCCGGCAUCAGAGCUGGUUCGGCCGAGGAGUUGGGGACCACCCCGGCGACACCCACCCGCCCUCCAACCCGCUCCAAAUCCGCAUCGCUGAAUGACCUGAAGCCCCAGAACAGCCUCAACGGUGGUCCAAGGGUUGCGGCGAGGGGCAGCUUGUCUGGGUCUCAAGUACACCUAGCGGGACACGCUGGGUCUCCGAGGGCCAGCCUGAGCCGGCAGGCUUCAGCAACAGGAUCCGCGGCCGGUGAGGCCGGGGAUAAACCCAGAGACUACAUAUUCAUUGCUGCCCUCUCCUGCUUCUGCCCCAUCUGGCCCAUCAACAUUGUGGCCUUUGUGUACUCUGUCAUGUCCCGCAACAGCUUCCAGCAAGGAGACAUUGAUGGCGCUCGGCGCCUGGGACGGGUAGCGAAGCUGCUGAGUGUGGUUGCGCUGGUCGGCGGUGUGCUAAUCAUUGUGGCCUCUUGUGCCAUCAACUUUGGAGUGUUCCAGUGAAUGCGGCAUUUGGCUGGCGCUUCCUCCCCACCACCGACAUGUUCCAUCUUUGGAGCUGGGAGCCAGCAUGACUACAGUCCAUCCAUCCCAUCCCAUCCCAUGACCCCGUCCCUCCCUCAACCAUGCAAAGGAGCACAAGGAUGGAGACCACAGAGGGACAGAGAGAGGCAGAAAGAGAGAGAAACGAAGAAAUGGGGACACAAGGUCAGCAGGCUGAGAAAGGCAACAUCUCGUCAUUUCCUCCUCCCAACUUUGAACACCCACAAUGAGCAGAAAGGAAAGAUCGGAUUUUUGAGAAUGGGUAGGAGGGGGAAUCGACCCUAUCUUUCUACGUUCUCUCUCUUUCUUUCUCUCAUUUUUUUCUUCCAUCCAUCCCGCCGCCUAUUCCACCAAUGACCCAUCCGCCCAUCUUCCAUCCACUGCCAAAUUUCGACAGCAAAUAAAACUCUUUCGAUAUUCCAUGUUUACAAGAAGCUGCCGGAGAAAAAUACAAAAGCUCUUUUCCCCAAUCCUCUACCAAGGAGGCGGGGGAGCAUGUUUACAUGUUUGCUGGCAAGAAAUAUUAUGAACAGAACCAGCGCAAGAAGAGAGGAAAAAACACUUCUUACGUCUCUUGCCCUCGUCAGUCGUGUUUACAAAAGACACCAAAUAGGAUGAGAAAGGACCGAGGGAGCCGGUGCCAUUGGUCGGGACGUGAGCUGGAUAUGGUGGAGUGGGAGUUUGUAGCAAAGUAUUGUGUAGCAGGAGGUGUUCAUAACAAGGUGGUGUGGCCAAAGUAGAGUUGGUGACAUACAUUUAAGGACCAUGAGGGAUGGCUUGUACUACCAAAUCUCUUGCCAAAUCCAUUGGUAGAAAAGGAAUGACACGAAGUAUAUGUUAUUGGCUGAAAAGAAGGCUAAAAGGAAUAUGAUUGAAGACAGCAAUGAAAUCAAUGUCAACGGAUUAAAUUAGGUAAACAAAUGGAACUGGGAGAAGUUGCAGCAAGGAAGUGGGCUUAUAUAGGAGGCAACAAAUAUGGAAGACCGAAGGAAUUAACCCGAGAGACUAGGAAAGAAGGAAACUUAUUGGGCUGCUGUGAGUUUUUCGUGCUGGAUGGCCAUGUUCCAGAAGCAUUCUCUCCUGAAGUUUCGCCUACAUCUAUGGCAGGCAUCCUCAGAGGUUGUGAGGUCUAUUGGUAGAGUGGUGAAGAGUUUUGAGAAAAGGUGGCAUUACUCUCAGCUCAAAGGGACAAGUGCCAAAAAGGGAGCAAGCUGGCGUGGGAAGAAGCUCAAGAAAAAAGCCAAAAGAGGAGAGAGAGAAAAUCAGAAUGGGAUUCACACAGAAGAACAGACAACUGGAAGACAUUGAAAUGAUGGAAGAGAUGCACUAGAGUCCAAACAGAGAAAGUUGAGAAACUAUUCAAGAGAUAGUGUGCAUAGAGGGAACUGGAUUGAGGGAGCAGCUACAACUGGAAAAGCAGGGCCAUUUGAUUUGCAUUGAAUUUGUCAACAGACAGGGCAAAGGAUGCUGAUAUGGGUUUAUAAAUGCAAGUUAUGUAUUUUGACAAUCCUCCAAAUAUAAGAAAAGAUGGAUCUCAACUGAGGAUAAUGUUUGGGAAUGGAAAGUUUGAGGCUGAUAGGACGUUGGCAUGGAAGGAAUUCAGGAAUCAAAGGGACAACCAGGGAGCAGUGAAAAGACACUGUAGAUGCUGUUGGGAUGGUGUCCAAGAGAAAUGGGAAUAAUGUGGCACUGUUGUCACACUGCGAUUCCCAUCAUUCUUAUUGUGCGUUGUUGGGGCUUUUGGUCCAACAACAUCUGGAGAGCCACACGAUUACCAGGUUAUAGCUUUUACUUGGUUUAGCUCAGGCAUAGGCAAAUUUUGGCCAUCCCAGUGUUUUGGACUCCAACUCCCACCAUUCCUAACAGCCUCAGGCCCCUUCCUUUUCCCCCUCAGCCGCUUAAGCGGCUGAGGGGGAAAAGGAAGGGGCCUGAGGCUGUUAGGAAUGGUGGGAGUUGGAGUCCAAAACACCUGGAAGGCCAAAUUUUGCCCAUGCCUGGUUUAGCUGGUUAACUUUAGAAACACAGCUUUGGUUUGUUUUAGCACAGAGAAGGAAGGAAGCCAGAAGACUAGUAAAUAGCAAACAGAGUGAGGAAGUAAUUAAUUAUGUGUGUAUAUAUACUAAAUACAUGUUAAAUAGACAUUCUAGAUCUAUCAAGCAGUCAAUAUCUCCUAUAUUAUAAAUACUAUUUUCCAGCAAUAGAUGUGAAGGUCUGUUGGGAAUGAACCUUUAACUGAAGGAAGAUCGAUCUAUUUAUAUCAUUAUAGAUAAAAAUAAAUCUUCAAUAAAACAAGGUCCAUUGGCACAACUUUCCUUUGGUCUUCUAGUUCUUCCCACCAGACAAACACAUCCAUGAAUAAAAACGGCUCUUGCUUGCACCACCCAGAGACCACAUGACUGUUUGGUAGAUAUACUGCAACUUUUAAAUUUUUAGUAUAUAUACAUUUAUGUAUUAAUUUAUUUCCUGACUCUGUUCCUUUUAGCAUAGGGUCAUAUUUGAAAGGCAGAAAAUACAGUGAAUAUAUUGAAAUCAACCAGAUGGAGAGCAGAAUACUUUGUGCCAAUUAUGUGUUGCGUCUGGAGGGAGUCAUACGUAGCACAAAACCACUGAAAAUCAAUUUUGCUUUUCCUGAUUCACAUCCAUCUAUUUAAAUAGAACUACUCUUGACUCAAAUCUCUAAGAAUGAGAGCCGGAGUGGACAACUGUGGCAGUCCAAGUGUUGUUGAACUUCAACUCCUUUUGUCCUUGACUAUUGACUAUACUAAGCUCAGACUGAUGGGAAUUGUAGUCCAACAGAAAUGUUGAAUGGCUGCAGCUUUUCAUCCCUGAAUUAGCAAAUCGAAAAUAAGGCAGAGACCAAAGAAGGUCUGAAUUAGAAGACAUAAAAGCUAGAAAGCCAUCCACAGUGUGUAUGUAAUAUGCAUUGUGAAAGUGUGACAGAAAGAGAGUACUGCCAUGUAUAUGUAUGAAGAUAUUAGGGGUUUGUAGGAUAAUAGUUCCCAGAAUCCUGCAAUCAUUGUUGCCACCAACGCCUUGGAAACAACAAGAGUAAGGAAAGACUAGACAGGGAUCCAUAAGGCCACAUUUCCUUGGGCUGACAGAACACAACAAAAGACCAUACUUAGCAUAGGGCCACCAAAGCUGCUGAAUGUGAUCUGAAAUUCAGAAGCCAAUUUUGAAUGAGGCAUGGGAUGCCAAGCCACAAGAAUGGAGCAAAAGAAAGGCAUCAAAGGCUACAAACACCCACAGGAGUGAGAGAACAAGAGAGGAACUGAUGAGGAGAUGAAGAAGGUGGAUGGAGUCAGACAGACAUGCAUGCCUUUGGUCUUCCGAAUGCAAUUUGGACCAAGUCAUAGAGCUAAGAGCAUCUCCUUUUGAGAGAAGAAUGGAAAAUAGCAACAAAGGGACCAGUCUAUUUGUAAACAGGAUAACAGGAUGGGAAAGGGCACUGGGAGAGAAGUGUCGCGGAUGGAGGAAUAUACCCGAAAGCAUACACUCCAUACCAAACGACGACAAAAAUAUUUCCAAAGGGCCAGUCGAACAACCACGUAUGCUACUAAUGGACAGAAACAAUUGGGGCGGGGAAGGGGAAGGGCACCAGCAAAGAAUUGUGUGUGUGUCAGACACGAAUUUUCACCCGGCACAAUGUGACUUUUAAUUUAUUUCUUUUUCCUUCGCAGACUGUUAACACAACUGGGGUUCGGGUUGGUGGGUGGGGCGAUCUCACGGCGUACUCCUCUAAACUCUGUGCUUGGGAGAGGACACAGAGCUUUAUGCCGGGAGACGGGUGUCCAUAAAACUCCUCUCCCUCUUCAUCUGCACGGAUUAUUAAUAACCUCUGACCAUCCCUCGACCGUCCCUCCAAAAUGGAAAAAUCAAGAUUGCCUUUCCUUUGAUGGAUGCAUGGCGUCACAAACGGCUUCCCACAGUAGGACACCUUCCAAGUGGGACUUCUAGUUUUGUUGCUCACCUGGAAGGUGCCCGGUUGGAGAAAGCCAAUAUAAAAGGAAGGGCAAUUUUUGUAUAUUUCCACCAUCCCCUGUCCUGGGGAGGCUUAAUCUCUAGGAGGUGGAUGGGGGAUGGCCGGGGGUGGCCUGUUGUAUUUUGAUGUUGAAAUGCAAGUAUUCUAAUCUGCAUGUUUUUAUAUGCUUAUAUUUGGGGGUGGGCAGGGAAAGGUAAGGGGUAUAUGGGGAGGGGGGAGGGAAAUCGGAAACAUGGAAUGGGAGAGAGAGUUGAGACAGCGAGUGACGGUGCAAGAUUCAACACGGAGGGUCAGAAACGGGUGGAAUAUUUGGGAGUCGAGGGAAGAGAUGUUUGAACGUGUCACGGGAGAAUUGAGGGUCACUUGGGGAUGGGAAUGAGGUUCAGUCUGUUGGGAUAGAAUGGAUGCAUCAAUAGCAUAAAGACGCAGAUUGGGAGCUUAGGAGAAGAUGGGACAGGUCUGGAUCCAUUCUGAAAUCUCACAAAUCUCACAGAGAACUGAAGUUCAGAGGUAGAUAUUUGGGUCUCACGUUAAGCAACAAUGAUAGUUGAGUCUUUGUCACAAGGCAACUAUCUCUCUGAACAAAUCUUGCCAAGAAAACUAUCAUAGUUUUGUCUUAUGGCAGUGGUUCUCAAUCUGUGGGUCCCCAGGUGUUUUGGCCUAUAACUCCCAGAAAUCCCACCCAGUUUGCCAGCUGUUAGGAUUUCUGGGAUUUGAAGACCAAAACAUCUGGAGACCCACAGGUUGAGAAUCACUGCCUUUUGGUCACUAGAAGUCAGAAAUGACUUGAAAUGACAACAAAUGUGACAUUAGAGAUCAGUGUAUGGGAAUCAGUGAAUGGAGGAAGAAGACCUCUCUAUUGGUCAACAUGGAAGGUGGAUCUGUUCCACACUUGAAACCAUCUUUGAGUAAAACUAACAAUGUCAACAUGGAGUUGUGGAUCUGUUCCACACUUGAAACCAUCUGUGAGUAAAACUAACAAUCAGUUUGGGACUAAAAUUCCCAGACUCCUCCAAUACCCUCAAAAUAUGAUGGGAACCCAUAAGGUGACUUUUCCAAGCUCCGGAUCAGAUGUGGGUGCAUGAUUCAAUUCAGAGGCCAGGAGAAAGGGGACCUUUGUUUGCCGUUGCCUCAAAGCUGCCUUGGCUCUGCUCCCCAACCUCUGAUUCUACAAAACAAUCUGUUGCCUUCGAUUUUAUCCUCAUAAUGUGCUUUAACCAACAGCCAGAGUUUGGGGAACAGGAGCAGAGGGGGCAUUAAAAGCAGUGAAAAGUAGAAUUUGGGAGGCACCUUUAGGAUGAUCCUCUACGAAUACAACGGUGGAGAUCGUUUUGAGGAGAAAAGUUGGUUCACUGGGGGAAGAGGGAUUUUACAUUUACACAUAUCAGCUAUUGAAUGAAAACCACAUAACCUAUAUCUUUGACAUGAUGCCUGAUAAAUGUUUUCAUAUUUGGGGGCGGGGAAAGUUUUGGACGCUCAAGAAUAAAGUUUGAUUUAAUAUACAAUUUUAGGGGGGAAAGUAGGUUUUUAGGGGGGAGAACAGGAGGGAGAUUUUAUUUUUUAUUUCCUUUCCCCCCAUUUGUUGAGGUGUCGUUUAGUUCAUCACUUUGUGGAGCUCCCAUUUUGCUUCGUAUGUGACAGUGUGGCGGAGCAACCAAUGCCUCGUGUUUCCUGUCCUUCCACAACAUGCCUCAUCCCCUCUUAAUUUCCCCUUUAGAGCCAAAUUUCAACCAUGCCAUCCUAAAAACAAAGCACAGUCCAUUAACCAUUAUGGUUCUCAUGACAUAUGCAGUAUUGGGCAACAUUCAGCCAACAUUUUUAUUUGCUGUAUUUGUUUUGUAACCUAUUUGUUCCUGCUCAUUUUCUUGCUCGGUUCUUUCCAUCUUGCUUGUUGCUGACAAUUAAAGUGUAUUUAUUCAAAACAGGAAAGGGCAAGGUCUUUUUGAGCCAGGGACCAAUUGAACCCUUUUGUGUGAUUUUUAUUUUAUUUUAUUUGGUGGGAUAGUGUGACGGACCAUUAUAAAUCCUAAUACCAGUUUGUAUAAAGAAAUGGAGGGAGGGGGUGGCAAUGGGAAACGGGAUGUGAUCAAAUUAUAAACUGCUACCGACUUUUGUAUCAAUGCAUGAAUUGAGUAAAUAAACUCAGGUGCAUGAA